AUGGCUUCUUCGUCGUUGAAAAGUACACGGAAAACCUACAGCUUCGAGGAACGUGAGCUUCUGAUCACGUUGAUAAACAAAUACGAAGACAUCGAAGAGAAGAAGUCCGAUCCGGUAUCAAUGUGUAAACGGAAGUCAGCCUGGUCUCAACUUGCCAGCGAUUAUAACUCGAUGGUAGGUCCCCAAGGCGUGCGUUCGGCCGUACAAUUAAGGCGAUGCUGGGAAAACAUGAAAGCUUGCAAACGAAAUCGGGAGGAAAAGAAGUUACGCAUCUCGAAGAGUUUCUGCCAGUUGUCCAAAGAUCACGCACGAUCAAAAUACUGGGAAAAUAGAAACCCCAAACCAGAAGUUCCCAUACCUGCUGGCACUGUGGGGUUGCCGCCGAACGUCGUAUUCGAGCCAAAAGAAUCAGAACCGUUUACGUUGCAAAGCGUUUAUACCGUGAAGCCUCCGAAACAAAAUUUGAAAGAAGAGAAUCAUUGUAAAGAUACAGAUUCCGUCGGCAAUAAAGUCGAUUCUAAUUUAUUACCGCACGGCCCGAUGGGGGAUGCUUUCGAGAAGUCCAAAGAUUGGGGCUCGCCUACUAAAGAAAACGAGGGAAGUCAUUUAAUAUAUAAAUCGAACGCAACGCAAACGUUGAUCUCUCCUUCGAUUCACGAGCAACCUCGUAAAGGGAAAAGAUCUCUUCAUAGAGACGAGGAACUGCACGCGUUGGCCCUCUCAGAAGCACAAAUGAAGGUCGACAUCGCUGCUAUGUUGAAAGAGGAGGCUCGGAUUAAAUUAGAAGAGGCUCACUAUCGCAAAGAGGAGGCCAGACUGAGGAUGCUUCUUUUUACGUACAAGCUCGAUAGAAUAAAAGAGGAUUGA